AUGCUCACCAAGCUCCGCCUCCUCGCGUUCGCGACGCUUGUCGCCCCCAUCCUAGCCGACGACACGGGCAAGAAGUGGGUUCCCGCCCUCCCAGAUUACCCCGUCUCCGACGCCGUGCUCGGUUCCAGCUCGCUCAAGCGGCAGACAUACACCUGCCUGCCCCCGAUGCCGCAGUACUGCUCGAGGACGACGUGCGCGCCGGCCGGCACGCAGUGCUGCGGGGCUCUGCGCUUCUGCUACCCGGGCAACUACUGCCUCGAGAAUGGCGGUCCGCCGCCCACCAAGCCCUCGCCGCCGUCCCAGGCCCCUCCUUCGCCCUCUGCCCCUUCGGCGUCCGCGCCGUCGUCGGGCCCGUCCAAGCCCCCGACUAACCCGAACCCGCCUCCUCCGUCCCAGUCCGCCCCCAAACCGCCGACCCCGUCCAACCCUCCUCCUGGCCCGUCCAACCCUCCCAACCCCAACCCCUCGACGCCGCCCAAGCCGCCCGGCAAGGUGUCAGGCAUGGAUGGCCAGCACCGGCGCACCGUCAACCUCGAGGACGAGAUCGAGUGGGAGGCGAGCUGGGAGACGGAGAUCUCGUGCGACCCCAGCGAGCGGGGCAAGAGGAUCAACACGACCGGCACGGGGACCUGGACCAUCACGACUGGCGUUGCGUUCUCCACGGUGACCGACACGGACGGCGGCGGGGGCGCCGACCUCGGCUUCACGUUCAAGCCUGGCGGCGAGGACAGCGGCGUCGAGCUCGAGCAGACGUUCGGGCUCAAGGUGCCCCCUCCUGAGCCGGGACCGAACGGGACGUACGACGGCAUCGCGACUGGGUGCGCCAUCACGUACAAGUAUGCCAUCAAGUGGACGGCCGGGAUCCAGAGCCAGGAGAUGGAGCUGGCGUACACCAUCCCCGAGAUCAUGCGCCGUGCCGCCGCGUUCGGGCUGCAGAUCAACAAGAUUGAGCUGUUUGCGUCGCUCGACGACUUGAACGCCGCCGAGACGGCCAAGCCGCCCACUGUGCCGCCCACGCCCAGCACGCCGCCGGGAGAGAGCGCCAAGCCUAGCGACGGGGCCACGCCUAGCGACACGUACACCACCAAGCCUGACGGCAAGGUGUGCAAGGUAAAGCCCACUGGCAAGGCUCGUCGGCGCCGCGAUUUCUAG